AUGAAGUUUGGGAAAGAGUUCAAGGCGCAAAUGGUGCCUGAAUGGCAAGAAGCAUACAUGGAUUAUGAUUUUCUCAAGACCAUUUUGAAAGAGAUACUAAGUUUCCAGCUAAGAACCAAGCCACCUGCAGCCAACCCGGGAGGCCUAAAAAGAAAGCUCUCGCUAUAUAGAGCCUUCAGUGGCCUGACACAUAGGCAUACUAACCACACCCCUAAGAGCGAUUCUUCUCCUGAUAUUGAAAAACAGCCUAUUUUGGUAAAUUCUGUGAAUCUAGAUGGCUCUCAUAGCUAUGAGACUACAUUUCUUAUGCCUUCUGUGGAAGGAGGAGAAUAUGAGCUUGUGUUUUUCAGAAGGCUUGAUGAUGAGUUCAACAAAGUGGACAAGUUUUACAGGUCUAAAGUGGAGGAGGUAUUGAAAGAGGCUGCUAUGUUGAAUACACAAAUGGAUGCUUUGAUUGCUUUCAGGAUAAAAGUGGAGAAUCCCGCCGGUUGGUCUGAUAGAGCAGCAGAUAUGACUCGUCUUGCUUCAGAUGUUUCAGCUUCUACUGCUGCUUUGGCAGCUUCCACUCCAUCUGGAGCUAGAGCAAGCAGAAGAGGACUACAUUUAAUGGAUGUGAUUGAAGAAGGGCAAAGCAUGCAUGAGCGAUCAGAUGAAUCAAACCAUGAUAAAGUGGAGAAGGAUAAUAUUGACAAGAAGGAACAAGAAGAAAAGCCGCAGAGCACGGAUAGAAAGUUUAGGCCAGCCCCAUUAGAGAUACUAAACCGUGUGAAGAUUAACAGCACAGUGGCGACUCCUCGCUCGACCAUCAAAACCUUCCUUAAAGUUCCCCAACAAACAGAACUGAAAUUCACAAGGGAAAAUCUUCGGAAAGUUGAAGAACAACUCAAGGGUGCUUUUGCUGAAUUUUACCAAAAGCUUCGCCUUCUUAAGAGUUACAGCUUCUUGAAUACGUUGGCAUUUUCAAAAAUAAUGAAGAAGUAUGAUAAGAUUACCACAAGAAAUGCAUCAAAAUUUUACAUGAAAAUGGUGGAUAACUCCUACCUUGGAAGCUCUGAUGAGGUUACCAAGCUUAUGGAAAGGGUUGAGGCAACAUUCAUUAAGCAUUUCUCAAACUCAAAUCGGAGUAAAGGCAUGCUCGCCUUAAGACCAAAAGCGAAGAGAGAGAGACAUAGAACAACAUUUCAUAUGGGUUUCCUUUCUGGCUGCACAGUAGCUCUGCUAAUUGCCCUAGUUUUAAUCGUGAAGGCCCGCAAAAUCAUGGACAAACCAGGAAGAAUUGUGUACAUGGAAACAAUGUUUCCUCUUUACAGCUUGUUUGGAUUUAUCGUUUUACACUUGCUCAUGUAUGCUGCCAAUAUAUACUUUUGGAGGCGGUACCGAGUGAAUUACUCCUUCAUUUUCGGUUUCAAACACGGAACCGAAAUGGGCUACAAACAAGUUCUCCUUCUCAGUUUCGGUAUUGCAGUACUAGCUUUAUGCAGUGUGCACUUAAACUUUGACAUGGAGAUGGACCCUGAAACGAAAGAUUACAAGCAGUUCACAGAACUUCUCCCUCUGAAUGUGCUAAUACUCCUCCUCGUCAUAUUGCUCUUCCCAUUCAACUUGUUUUAUCGCUCAGCUCGCUUCUUCCUCCUCACAUGUAUCUUUCACUGUAUUGCUGCUCCUCUAUACAAGGUCACACUCCCGGAUUUCUUCUUGGCAGACCAACUAACUAGCCAGGUGCAAUCCCUUAGAAGCCUGGAGUUCUACAUUUGCUAUUACGGAUGGGGAGACUAUAAACUCAGAAAGAACAGUUGCAGCGAUAGUACUAUUUUCAUAACUUUCUCAUUCAUUGUUGCUGUGAUUCCGUAUUGGUCUCGCCUUCUUCAGUGCCUCCGGCGCUUGUUCGAAGAGAAAGAUCCGAUGCACGGAUAUAACGGAUUGAAGUAUUUAUUGACAAUAGUAGCUGUUUGUUUGAGGACAGCUUACAACAUUAACAAAGGGGAUGUCAAUUGGAGAACAGCAGCUUGGGUUUUCUCAGUCAUUGCAGCAAUCAUUGGCACAUAUUGGGAUCUUGUUUUUGACUGGGGGCUUCUUCAGCGCCAUUCUAAGAAUCGGUGGCUGAGAGACAAACUCCUUGUCCCUCACAAAUCUGUAUAUUUUGGAGCCAUGGUCUUGGAUGUCUUGCUGAGGUUUGCUUGGCAUCAAACAGUAUUGGACCUCGAGACUUCCUUGCACACACAAACCAUGAUUGCCCUUAUGGCCAGCCUCGAGAUCUUGCGCCGCGGCAUCUGGAAUUUCUUUAGGUUGGAAAAUGAACAUUUGAACAACGUAGGAAAAUAUCGCGCAUUCAAGUCUGUGCCUUUACCUUUCAACUACGUGGAAGAUGAUGACAACGAUGACUAA